AUGGGAUUUGGAAGACGACUUCCCGAAUUCAUCACCGGCAGCUCUUCCAACAAAUUCACAGUCACGGCGGCGGCCGCUUUCAUCGUUUUAUCUCUUGUUCUCAUCGCCACCGUUUGCUCCCCAAUUUCUUACCUUCCCCUGAAAUUCGCCCUUUCGGGCACUAAACCACCGGAACAAACCUGCGAAAGCCGGGAACAGAGGAGCUCUUACCUCAAGCACCGAUCCCCUGAACUGCCUCCCUAUCUACUCUCCAAGCUCCAAGAAUACGAACGCCGCCACCGCCGCUGCGGCCCGCUCUCUGAAUCGUUCAACACAACUUCACCCCUCGGAACCCACAACGAUUUCUCCGACGGAGGCGACUGCAAAUUCGUCGUCUACACGCCUUCGCAGGGGCUGGGGAACCGGAUCCUGGGUCUCACUUCGACUUUCCUCUUCGCUCUGCUCACGGAUCGGGUCCUUCUCGUCGAUUUCAGCGCUGACAUGGACGAACUCUUCUGCGAGCCGUUCCCCAAUUCGACCUGGCUCCUGCCCGGAAACUUCCCCUUCAGGUCUGAUUUCUACGGCGGCUGGUUCAGGGACGUCUACAGCUACGGGAAAUUGCUGGAGAAGAAAUCGCCCUCGUCAUCGUCGCCGUGGAAUUCAACCCUCCUGCAGAUCUUCCUCGACGAUAAGUACAGCGAAUACGACAAGCUCUUCUUCAAAGACGAGAAUCAAGGGUUUCUCGAGAAAAUCCCAUGGCUGGUUCUGAUUUCGGAUGGGUAUUUCAUCCCCUGCCUGUUCCAGAUGCAGACUUUCAGGUCAGAACUGGAGAAAUUGUUCCCCAACAACAAGUCCACCGUCUUCCACCAAUUGGGGAAUUACCUACUCGCCCCUUCCAAUCAAGCCUGGUCGCUCAUCACCAAAUUCUACGACGCCCACCUGGCGAAAGCAGAGCAGAGAAUCGGAAUCCAGAUCAGGGUUUUCGACCCUCAAGCAACCCCGACUCCAGUCGUCAUGAAACAGAUACUCUCCUGCACUGAAACACGAAGAAUCCUGCCUCGAUCUCGACAAUCCAACGAGACAUCAAAAGCCGACGAGGUGACACUCCGAAACGAGAAAUCGAAGUCGAUCCUCGUAGCAUCGCUGUCGCGAAAGUACUACGAGGAGAUCGAUUGGAUGUACGGGACGAGGAGAAGGCAGUCCACGGGGAUCGCGGUUUAUCAGGCUAGCCACGAAGGGAAGCAGCAUUCUGGGGAUAACUCGCACAACAUGAAGGCGUGGAUGGAUAUCUAUCUGUUGAGCACGAGCGAUGUGCUGGUGACGAGCAGUAUGUCGACUUUUGGAUAUGUGGCUGCAGGGAUUGCAGGAGUGAAGCCAUGGAUUGUGAUGAUUCCUGAUCCGUACCAUCCCCGGGGUGCUAAUGAAUCGGCUUGUGAGAGGGCGAUCAAUCUGGAGCCGUGUUUCCAUUUCCCGCCGUGGUUUGCUUAUCCCGAUCCGCCGGGGACGGGUGGUCCGGUGGGGAGGUGUGAGGAUGUGUCGUGGGGGCUGAAGCUCGUCGGCGGCCACAAAACAAGGAGGUAG